CAAAAAAGGAAAUGGAAAUUUAAUUAACAUAGUUUUUUUGUCAUUAAGUGCACAGUAGCAAAAGUUUAUAGCUAUUGCUGGUAUAAAUUGAAUGUAUGAUCUAGCUUCCUUUAAUGGAUAGGUACGUGGAGGAGUAGCCUUUGUCUGGUUAAAAGGAUGGUGAAGUUUUCAGCUUUUUCUUUGAUGAUAUUGUCAUUUACACCUUUUCAUUCUAUUAUCCUGAAAAACCCUCGCAGAUUUUCUAGAAAUAUACCUUUCAACCAUUCAACUAAAUCAAGGGUCACUUCUUAUGCCCAAAACGUUCAAUUACAUACAGAAGACAUGAUGGGUGCUAGUCGCUAUCUUCCUCCUCUAUUUAGCGUAGCUUCCAUGAUGGAAUGGACUGAUAAUCAUUAUAGGACUCUUGCGCGCCUUAUCUCCAAACAUGCGUGGCUUUACACAGAGAUGCUUGCUGCUGAAACUAUUGUUUAUCAACAAGGGAAUCUGGCAUUCGUGUCAGUAGUUGCAAACCUGGCAUUGGGGAAUCUUAAAUCGAAAGCCCUUAGAUAAAAUCAGAACACCAAUAAAGAUGGAAAGAAAGCAGUGGAAAUCUUAGAUGUAUAUUGGAAAUCUUAGAUGUAUAUUAAAAGAAGCUAGAAAUCGACGAUGACCACAAACUGUAAGUUUUCUUGCUUAUCUCUUUAUAUAUUAUAUGCUUAUCUUUCAAUUUUCUUUAGCUUUAUUUUGGAACUUGAAGUUGGCAUGCUUUAAGUGAAGGUAUGUGUUGAACCAAUAAAGAUAAUGAAGACCUUUUGUAACAUGUUGAUAUGGUUUAUACUAGUGUGUUAGGCUAUUUCUAUAACUGACACAAAGAACCCCCUUUUUUUUUCCAUUUGAUUUAAUUACUAUAUGAGGAGAACUAGCUUGAACAGUAGAACCAAUUCGCCUAAGAAGCUCAUUUUGGUUUCUUUAUGCUUUCUAGAGUUCAAUAGGUGGUGUAGCUAACAGUUGUAACUCAUGAUUUGUUAAUUACAAUGUUUGAGUUUGAGCUGGGCAAUGACAUUUUGAAUAUAUAAAUAUAAAAAAUACAUUAAAGUUAAAUUAUAAAAUUAUAAAAAAUUUGAAGGUAAUCCAUUGAAAGGGGUGGAGUCCCUGUAUGUCGUGAAAUACAAAUUGGGCAUCCAUGUAUGUAUUGGUGUUUAUUACAUGAAAAGCAAGGAGUUUAGAAGGGUUGGUUUAUUUAUUAAUACAAAUUUAUUCAAUUACAUGAUGGUACUGAAGGAAUAAAUCUCAAAAUUUGUGCUGCUAAUGCUAUAUAUUUUCUUAAUAAUAUUUCAGGAAAUGGUACUUAGAAUAAUAGUGCAUAAUGGUCAUGUUCUGUCUUUUGUAGGUUACUUGUGUUGAACAAGAAGCUGUGUUGUCCCAGGAAGCCUUCAAAUUUAUGGAAAAACUUGGAAAAUUUGAAUCUCUUCAAGCUGCAAAAGCCAAGGCUUAGCACUUUUUCAAGUAGAGUGUUAUUUAAUGUUGCAUUCCAUGGUCGCUUAUCUUAGUCAAAACUUGAAUUAGGUGUUAUUGAAACAGGGUUUUGUAGCUACCUUGUGUACUAGCUUCUUUAAUCAUGAUUGUUAAUUAUUACGUAUUUUGUAGCUUCUUUUAUAUUUGGCCGAGUUAAUAUAGAUCA